CGACAACAGGUCAAAUUUCGGUAAGUAUCAGUACAUGGCAAAGAGAUAUACGGUUUCGACAUCAGCCUAGAGUGUAUGGAUUAUGACUUCGCCAUUCCGACAAAUUCAACAAACGGAAAGACGAGCGAAGAAUGCUCUUGUGUGAGCUGAGAAAGGGAAGGAUGGAAAAAGGAUGACACAGGGAUGGGAAUGGGUGGUGAAUGAUUGCAUGGUAGGACACUUCUCAGCUCAUCGGAAUGAUACAACACUCUGGCUCGAUUACGGAAUCUAGAAGCAUGAAAUCAUUGUACAAGCAGCUAACACUUUAUUUGCCCCCUUUCACACAUCUUCAGUCAAGAUGGCCGCCGCAAAGAUCCCAAUCAUCAAAAAGAGGACAAAGAAGUUCGCUCGCUUCCAAAGCGAUGGAUUCAAGAGAGUUGACCCCUCAUGGCGCAAGCCCAAGGGUAUUGACAGUGCCAUCCGUCGUCGUUUCAAGGGACGUCCAGCUUGCCCAAAGAUUGGUUACGGAUCAAACAAGAAGACACGUCACUUGAUGCCCAACGGAUACAGACGUUUGGUCGUUUCCAACGUUAAGGAUGUCGAACUUUUGUUGAUGCACAACGCCUCUUACGCUGCCGAAAUUGCACACAACGUUAGCAGCAAGAAGCGCAUUGAAAUCUUGGAAAAGGCAAAGGUUUUGGGAGUUAAGGUCACCAAUGCCAACGCUCGUGUCCGUGCUGAAGAAGCCUAAUCGGUUCUUCCUGUCACCUCGCCAUCUUUUCGACACAUCACAUCAGCGUACCGAAAUCUCGAUUGGACUGCGAAACACAUUCGACCACCUUUCGACUUUUCAAGCGUCUCACGUAUACACAUCAUCAUCAACACAUGUAUUUAAGAGCUGUUCACAGCGGCUCAUCAUUUGCACUUAUAGGCGGCUCACGAGCCCAUCACAAAAUGGCUAUCAUUUCAAGCUUCUCGAAUAGUUUUGUUAGAAUGAGGACUAAGGUAGUGGGAAGCAGAGAAACAUUGUGUGUGCAGGGAUUGUGAGCACGAAUAUUUGAGUGGGAGGAGGUUGAAUUGAUUCGGACAGUAAAGAAUACAAAUGCGAAUGUGUUGGUG